AUGCCAGGAUAUGUACCUAUAUGUCCAAUAACAGUCACCUCUGACACAUUAGAUGGUGUGCAUGAGAGACAGCAGCUACCCUUGAAACUUGCUUGGGCAAUAACAAUACACAAGAGUCAAGGUUUAACACUGCCAAAGGCAUGGAUUGAUAUUGGUCACACCGAAAAAACUGCAGGCAUUUCAUAUGUAGCCAUCAGCAGAGUACGAACACUUUCAACUUGCAUCAUUGAACCAAUGACUUUUGAAAGGCUGACAAGCCUUAAAAGGUCUAUAAACCUAAAAUUUAGACUUGAAGAAGAAAGGAGACUUAAUAAUCUCUCAAAUUUCAACUAAUCACAAAGUCAUAUGCUAAGAUAUUAACCCAUUGACACCUCUGCCAGGCUCACCCAGCAAUGAGCAGACCACAGCCUUUGUGUCAUCAUCACUUUUCAAGCCAGAUGAUGUUCUUGAUAAUCAGCUCAUAAAGUGAGAAAAGAUCUUUCAAAGCAUCAUUAAGCCAAAUACCCUGUUGUGGUCACAAACGAAAUGAAUCAAGUGAUUGUGCUCAGUCACGAUAUUGUACACCACAUUGAACUAUAAUAAUUGUGUCAACUCAUCUUCCGAUACACUUUGUAAUAUCCAGUUUCUUUUCUUUUAUUAAUUAGGAAAAGCCUUUUCAUCACCAAGCAGUUUACACUUAAACACACCAGAGAUGGAGGAAAAACCAACACGUAAGUUAUAUGUUAUUUACUACAUAUGAACAAGCUUCCUUAUAUAACAUAUAUAAUAAGGUGGCAGGAGUAAAGUCUAUCACAAGUUUAUUUCUUGUAUUGCGCUUUUCUUGACAAAAAACAAGUUCCUGAUUACUUCAACUUGCUCCCCAUAAUCUGCUUACUGUUUAACAAUAUAUAAAACUUGUCUUUCCAGUACUGUGCACACAUUGUAAAGUAGCACCUUUACACUCCAAAACUGACCACCAUUUACUUGCAGUUGAAAAACAAAAGUUUAUUGCAGUCAAAUCUGACAGACCAUAAAAACCUAAAAUUAUUUCUCGAAUGUGUAUUCUGUUGGAAUCAAUCAGAUGCAAUUAUGCUUCGGUUUCAUCUACCUUCAAAUUCCUCACAACCAGCUUUACAGAAAUAAUUUCACACUUUGUCAGGUUUGAAUGUAAGUAAAUCUUUAUUCCUUCUUUAUUUGCAAAAAAAAAGAAAGUCAUUUCAACCAUUUCACUAACACUUGCUUUCUUUUCUUUAGCCCCCAACAGCUACAAAACUGUCUCUGGCUAUAUCCACUCAGUAUCUCCUGUGAAGAAAGCUGCCAAUUCACAAACAAAAUACUUCAAUUGUAGUAUUCAAACCAAUGACACAGUGGUUAGGGCAGUCUGCUUUAAUCCUGACAAGAAGCCUCAUCUGGAAAAAAUCCAAAAAGGGAAAACUGCUGUCACCCUCUUCAAUGUCAGAAGUUCAAUAAAAGAUGAAGUUGAAAGUGUCGUAAUCCAAAAUAAUACCAAGAUGCAACCAGUGGUUCUACCAUUUUCAUAUAAAGACAUCAGCAUGAUGUCGUCAUUGCCAAGUCUCGCAUCGCUUCAAGAUGUUUCUUUGGAACAACUGGUAGAAGUGAAGGCCAAACUUACUAGGCUAACUGCAGUUAAAACUCAAAACAACCGUUUUGGCCAAACUCUUCAGAAACAAGAAGCUAUUUUAGUUGAUCACACCACCUCAAUCAAAGUGAUCCUUUGGCAGGAACAUUGUAACACACUUACUGAGGAAAAAACAUACAGGCUAAGGAACCUAAGGAUCAAAGAAUCAUAUGGAACAAGAUACCUGAACACUCCUAAAUCAGAGCACUUUGAAUUCGAGGAAAUUCCUGCAUUCACCCAGACGUUAGCUGCUGUUGCAACUGACAUAGAGUCUCUGUCACAGGCCAAGAUGUCAGCAAAGAUCAUUGGUGUACAAACUGCAACGAAAUCCCUUUCUUGUGUGGCAUGUAAGAAAAAGGUGACCAUUAAGACCAGUGGACAAAUAGCAAACUGCCAAUCCUGUAAGCUAAUGCAAAAGGUUAAUGCUUGCAGCCCACAGUGGAUUCUGAAAAUUCUAUUUCAGAACACUAACAACAUCAGUGAAAAGGUUGCAAUUAUGCUAUUCCACCAAGAGGUAACCAAACUCGCAACAUUAUCAAGUGAUAUUAAUUUAAAUCUCAUUUCAGAGGAAGAAUUGAUUUUAACACUCCUAGAAAUGGACUCUGAGUUCCUCAUCACUUAUAAUACUUCUUCCAAUAAGCUGAUAGAUGUUUCACAAAUAAACAUUUAG